GUUAGAAAGAGAGAGAGAGACAGAGACAGAGAGAGAGAGAGAGAGUUUGGUGGAGCAGCCGCGCCAGCGCAGAGAGGCACGGAGACGCAGCAGAGAGCAUCAAGGCGACUUUAUCUGGGAAAAGAAUUAAAUAAAACAACUUCUGAAACACUUGUGGGGGGAAAAAUCAAAGGAGCUAUUGCUUUUCUGCACGGACAUAAAAUGAAAGGGUUACCUGGCUGUAUAUUGGAUUUGGAGUCUUGUAUCACAACGCUGCGACUUUGACACCAGAGUUGCGCAGGCAAGCGUCUCUAGGAGUUGUCUGUUGGAGGAAUUUCAGGCACCCCGAAUCAAACUUGAGUUGGACAUCCAGGAACCGGUCAGGGAGUAACCUAAACUACCUACCUUCUGCUUUCACUGGAAAAAAGACACUAAAGCGCCACCACCAUGGAUGAAGAAAUGUGCUACUACAAUGAGACCAUAGCCUUUUUCUACAACCGCAGUGAAAAGUACCUUGCUACUGACUGGAACACCGUCAGCAGGCUGGUGAUGGGCCUGGGCAUCACUGUGUGCAUCUUCAUCAUGCUCGCCAACCUUCUGGUGAUGAUUGCCAUCUACGUCAACAGGAGAUUCCACUUCCCCAUCUACUACCUGAUGGCCAACCUAGCAGCUGCUGACUUUUUUGCUGGACUGGCCUACUUCUACUUGAUGUUUAACACGGGACCAAACACAAGGCGUCUGACUGUUUCGACGUGGCUGCUGCGCCAAGGCUUGAUUGAUACCAGUCUGACGGCGUCUGUGGCCAAUCUGCUAGCCAUUGCCAUCGAGCGCCACAUCACCGUAUUCCGCAUGCAGCUACACACACGCAUGAGUAACCGACGCGUGGUGGUGGUGAUUGUCAUAAUCUGGACCAUGUCCAUAGUCAUGGGGGCCAUCCCCAGCGUGGGCUGGAACUGUAUCUGUAGUAUUAAGUCUUGCUCCAACAUGGCCCCACUUUACAGUAACUCCUACCUGAUCUUCUGGGCAGUGUUUAACCUAGUGACUUUUGUUGUCAUGGUUACACUAUAUGCCCAUAUCUUUGUCUAUGUGCGCCAGAGGACCAUGAGGAUGUCACGGCACAGCUCUGGACCACGACGCAAUCGGGAUACCAUGAUGUCUUUGCUGAAAACUGUGGUGAUCGUGUUGGGUGCGUUCAUCAUCUGCUGGACUCCCGGCCUGGUCAUCCUCCUUCUCGAUGUCUUCUGCGCUAAAUGCAAUGUCCUCACGUAUGAAAAGUUCUUCCUGCUUCUUGCCGAAUUCAACUCGGCCAUGAACCCCAUCAUCUACUCCUACCGUGACAAGGAGAUGAGCGCCACCUUCAGGCAGAUCCUGUGCUGCCAGCGGCAGGAGAACGUCAACGGGACGGUGGCGGAGGGAUCCGACCGGUCGGCGUCAUCCAUCAACCACACAGUGCUGAGCGGCGGUAUGCACCACCACCACCACCACCACAAUGAACACUCUGUGGUAUAAAGGAGGGCCGGACGUCACCAAGAUUAAUCCAACUGCUUGACGGGAUUGAUCUUUUUUGGAGAGACUGACUGAAAGAAGGUAAAUGACUGCAUGGGAAGGUCAAGAGGGACUGCGAACAUGACAUGAACUAAAGACAGUACCGUGAUGAAUUAGAGGAUGAAGGUUAGGUAGCUGUAGUAAAGUUGAUGAUGAGUUCACAAUAAAGAAGAGGAUGGCAACUAUGAAGAAAGAUGAUGAGACUUUAUCGCUGUGUGAAGGAAGAACAGGGGAGGAGUCUGAACUACGAGGCCUCCGAUAGGGUGUUAGUAUUUUUGUUUAGCUGUUUAUUAUUUUCUAUUUGUGUUAAAUGUGUUGUUAUUGACAGUGCUGAUAUGAACUAUUUAAAAGUAAUCUGUGAAAUUACAGUAAUGCCAGUAUAACCCGUCCUCUCACUAGUCUUCUCUAACUUUGUAUCCUGCAGUCGUGGGUUUCAGACUUUGUCCCCUUGAUCCUCAUUCUUUAGAAAGCUCCCAUAACAUCAUACAUGUUACAUACAGACAACAUUACACUACCAUUAGAGUUUCCUCCACAUCCAUUACAGGACUUGUUCGUAUUAGUUGCAACUUUUUGGAUCCAAACCCAGAUUUAGAACAUUAUUCCUUCCUUUUCGUUUACAUUUGGGAGGAAAGACUUCAAAUCUUGGGAAAUACAAACCAACACAUAACAUUUUUGUGCCUUAUGUGUAACCAAAUGUUAAAACAAGCUAUCUCCAGCAGCUUUAACUUUAACGUGACCUUGUGUGAUUUUCUUGAUAGCAUUCAGAUCUGUGUCCAGAGUUUUAACUUUUUCAGAUUAUAGGCUGAACUGAAACAUUAAUGGGACAUCUUGCUAAUGCUCAUAAAAUAAAUAACUAUAUCAACACUGACAUGUUUGACAAAAAUACUGCAAUAUCUUUCAACCCAUUAUCGUUUAAAUAUUUAUUUCUGCAGUAGAUUCAUCAGUCAUCUUGUGGCGACCUCACAACGGAAAUACUAUCGGGACUCAUUAUUCUACUGGUUGUCAUCUCUCACUAAAGACAUUUUUUAAAAGCAUUUUGUAAAAGCAUCCCAGCAGUUUCUUCCUUUCAUCCAGCGUAAAUACACAAAGGGUCCAGGAUCAGCAGAAAUCCUGAGUUGUUUAUCCCUUCUAAGGAACUAGAGAAAAGUUGUUCCAGGGAUCAUACCAAAAGGGGAGGAGGAUGUUUGCAGUUUUAGAGCCGGCUCUGUGCCACAGUGUUUUGUGGAGACAAGGUGAAGGUCAUAUCUGGUGAGCGUUAACAGACUUCAGAUCAUGGCAUGAAAUGUGCUGAGUUGUCUGCCUCUCAUGGUUUUAUCAAGUGUCUCUUUGUCCAUGAGGUUGACUGAGGAAAAGAGGUGAAAGAGUGAAAGUGAAACCCAUGUUCAUGUUAAAUUGCCCUCUGGUGGCACGAGUAGGAUCUAUGGAAAAAAAAGACUGCAAAUUAUAUAAAAUUAGAAUUCUAAAAAAUAGAUGAUAUAUAUUUUCAUAACACUGUAAGAGGUGACAAGGAGGGCCUUUCUGUCUGUUCAGCAUGAUGUUAAUGCAUGCCUGUCUGAAUUUGUAGUUUACAAACUACAUUUUGCCACAAAUCAUAUGGUAGCAGAUUGCAAAAAACCAGAACUGAAGACACUAACAGGCAGCAUUCUACCACAGUAUGUCACUAGAUGAACUUAAACACAGGGGGCAGACCCAAAUAAAAACAUAGAAUAGCUACUUUGAACAUAGACCAUUUUGUAAUGAAGUCUAACAGUCUACAGCCACCCUAGCGGCUCUGUGAGGCUGUACUAAGCAUUGCUUUGAGCCAAAUGCUAAUGCUUGCAUGCUCAUAUGCUCACAAUAAAAAUACUAACAUGCUGAUGUAAAGCCAGCAUUUACCAUGUUCACCAUCUUGGUUUAGCUAGUUAGUAAGUUUGACCUGAUGAUGGUGAGAUGGUGACCAAAGUUAUUACAGUUCAUCCUGAAAGGGACAUGAAUGCCUGAACCAAAUUUCAUGGCAGUCCAUUCAAUAGUUCAUGUACACAUUUUUGGCUAUGAUAGUGUUAUUGGCUAUAUGAAGUCCAUUAAAAAUAUAUUACGUUUUCUUUAUGUCACUGUAUCAGAUGGUUGGGGUUAUAGUAAUAACUCAAAUGUUACACAUACACAUA